AUGGCCCCUAAUUGUUUUUGUCUUACUCGUCAUGAGGAAAACGAAAUGCUUACCUCCGGUUCAAAUAUGAGGCAAAAAACGGCGUUUCGUUCCUUCAUAUUUAAUAUAAUAGGAAAAAGGAAGCACUCCCAGUCAGCAUCAUUGGCCGGAGAUGAUUGUCUCACUGAACUUGAAGCUACAACAUGUGAUAGGAAUCCUCCACUUAACAUUGCGUACCCGCAUCUUUGUCAAAAUUCUGUGGAAGCUUUUGAAAAAAAGCCCCGGCUUGGCAUUCUUUUUCCUUUGCACAGUCAGACUAUGCCACAACGGGUCGAAAGAACAGCAGCUAGAAACUCGAUGAAGUUGCCACUCACUCAACAGGAUGAUUGUCCGGGACUAUAUGGCAAUGUUGCACCAAGAGCUGAAGCCAGAGCGAAUUUAGAACCCAGGCAACCUAAUGUCUUUGCCAGAGGUUUCAAAGAUUUGGAGGGGAUUCAGCAGUUCGCGGCCGAGUUCCGGUCAUUCCGCUCAUCAAGUACACGAAACUUCAAAAUACGGAAACUUAAUCAAUAA